GCUUGAGUUUGUGAUCUGAUUUGGUUCAACCAAUUAAAAAAGAUUGAUGCAGAUAAAACACACAGUCUCGAGAGCAGGAAACAAACCCGAGUGCGAUUUGGUCUGCGAGCGCGCACUGAGCCGCGGUGCAUUGUGGGUAUAGUGUAAAGAUGGUGGCGUCCAUGUAGACAUGCUAAAAGCUAACUGUAUCCUGAGAGCAGCUGGGUUAUAAAGAGCUGUGUGGAGAGACAACAUGUGGAAACACAUCGGUAAUCUGCAGAAGAACCGGACCGUGAGAUACGGAGUGCCCAUGCUGCUGCUUGUGGUUGGAGGAUCAUUCGGCCUGAGAGAGUUCACGCAGAUUCGAUAUGAUGCUCAGAAAAUAAAGAAGAAGAUGGACCCUGCACUGGAGGCUCGAGUGACCCCACGCACACACACAAACAUCCUGCAGGAAGAAUACAUGAAACUGCAGCAGGUGGAUUUGGACAACUGGACAAACAUCCGUGGUCCGCGACCCUGGGAGAACUCUGGGCAGAACCAAAAGGAACAGAGAACUCACCCCUUCAAGGGCACUUAGCACUGUGUGUGUGUGUGUGUGUGUGUGUGUGUAUGUGUGUGAGCAUGUUAUUAAUGUUUAUUACAAUUUAUGACCACUUUAUAGAAUGGGGGGGGUUUAAUGAUGACAUCACACACUAGUGUUGUACAUUUAGUUAGGUUCUUUAUUUAAUAUUUAAAUAAUCAGAGAUGUGUGUGUGUGUGAAGAUUUUUUGUCCUUGUUUCAUUCGUUGUGAAAUAAGUGUCACCAGAUCAGUGCAGUAAUCUCAUCAGUGUUUAUAACAGUGUUCAUAACAGCACAUCAGUUCACACUGCAGUUUAUAAACUGCUGCAUCAUCAAAUGGAAAUAAUUAAAUAUAAUACAGAGUAAAAUAAAGUAAUAAAUAGCAAUAAAACUAAAAAUAGCAGAGUUUUGUUUGAAUAAAUUUUGUUUUAAAUGAA